AUGAAACGUAUCGUUUUAAUGCUAUGUGUUCUUAUCACUUUAUCGGAGUGUAAUGAAGUGAACAAAUUGUUGAAGAACGGAGCACCUGUCAUGUUCGAGGUCACGCCACGAUGCGUUGCGAAAACAACAAAAGUGUUCCUACAGCAGGCGGAUGGAAUAAAACAGUUAUUUGCUGUUGCAAGUUGCCAAAUCAGUAAUUCUCUUGCAGAACCUUUCAGGGUAGUGGUCCAUGACGAUGCCGAAAAAGAGGGGAUCAAAACUCCUGGUCCUGAUCUGCGGUUUCGAGCCAUGUUCCUCAUGCAAUUUCCAAACACAGUCUCGUACAUGAUUCUCGAUCCGCAAAAAGCACACUGGCUUUUUACCAACGAACUUUCUGGAUGUGAUAUUUUUAUUGCUACGAAAGAUUCCCAGCCUAACAUGCCGUUGAUUGUCCACGCUAACGCCGACACGUUGGACAAGCCAAACCAACAAGUGGAAAAUUUAAAAUGGAAAGGUGAUAAAGUUGAUCAAAUUCUUCGUGACCUCCAGCAACAUUACGUCUUGAAAGUACGUCUUCACAUUACACCAGAACAGCCUAUUCCAUUGAAUUACAAUCAGUAUUGGAAUGAUUAUAAAACUGCUCAUCCAGACCGUGUAAAGGUUUACACGUAUAGCAUUGUCGCGCCACUAGUUCAGAAAAUGCAGUUCUACGGACACUAUAAAAAUGCUUGGAAAUUUUUUCUCAAAGGCAAAGAAGACGGCUUAAUGAGGGAUAUUCCAUUUUGA